AUAAGCUGGUGGCUGAUCCAGCCAGAAUAUCUUUGAUGAACUUGUUAUAUAAAAAUCUGCCUUUUUCAAAUCCAAGCUCCUACUAGACAACCACACAGCUAUGAUUUCGAGUGGAGGCCUCACAGGAUUUUGGAUAAUUGUACUGCUGACUCUUUAUGGUGCAAAUGUGGGAGAGGCCCAAAUAAACUCUCUCAAUGAGCCUGAUGUCCCUUUCCCGCCUGCCCGUCCCACGGCUCAGAACCUCGCUGCCAUUUGCCAUGAAGGUGAGGGCCGUCCCAGAUACCUAGCCAGCUUCUUCCCGAGGUCCGGUGCCAGCCACUUUGUCCGCUGUGGAAAAGCCAUCAACCGUCUGGAGUCGUGGUACAGUUUUUGCUGCAGUGGACAGGAAGCACUGGAAAACAACCAGAUCCUCUGCUGCGCCCAACAAGCUUGGAAACAAGCCCUGUCCCAGUUCUGUGAGGAAGAAUAUGCCACCAUGACUCUCCCGUAUCAUUGCUGUGUGAACAGCGGAGACGCGCGGUGGACGUGCUUCAACAGCGAGCUGCCAAAUCCAAACUACAAGCGAAGACCAGGCUACACUGCACCCCCAAUCCCCCAGGAGCCAGGAUUCACCUUUGAUGCAAAUGCUUGUUAAAAGGUGGAAAAAGAGCUCAGUGUAAAAUAUAAAUAUAUACACUAUAAAAACUAAAAAUAACAAAACAGGUAAAAGUAUCUAUAUGUGAUAAAAUAAUGAUUUUUGUGUAACUUUGGGGAGUGGGAUUAGGUUAAUGUGUUCAGUUCCCAUUUGCACAAACCUGCAUCAGCAAAAUGUCCAAUCAGAAUCAGAAUCAGAAAUACUUUAUUGAUCCCCGAGGGGAAACUCUUUUGUUAUAAGAUAAUGCUGAACUAAUAAUGUUGUGUAUCCUGCAGAUGCUCAGAGGACAGGACAUUCUGGUUGUGUUUAUGCUGUGUAAGGAUAAUAACAGCUGAAGUUGCUUAUUAUUUUGACAGCUCUGUAUUUUAACCAAGCUUUGUCACAGCAACAUCAGGAAACACAUUUUUUUUUGUUAUAACUCAAAUAAAUUGUGUCCUGAGUUGAUUUCA